CUUGGGACGCCAUUAUCCAAGAACAAGGGGCUAUUUCAACACAAGCAAGAAGGGUCUGGUUUUGUAUCAUUAAGGGGUCCCAAGGUUGUAGGAUUUGAGGCUGGCUGUCGGGUUUGGGUCUGGGACGGCAGGGUGUUGGAUCGUGGUAUUAUCAGCAGUGUCCCGGAGUGUCAAUCUCAUGAUCUGCCUGCUUCUCUAGUCCUCCUCUCCCCUGCUCCAUGCUCGGGCUCCACGCCCCUCUCCUCUUCCCCGAUGACUGCCUGGAUCAUUCUCCCCGUCAGCCUGUCUGCCUUUUCCAUCACCGGGAUAUGGAUCGUCUAUGCUAUGGCAGUAAUGAACCAUCAUGUUUGUCCUGUAGAGAAUUGGUCCUACAACCUGUCCUGUGCGGAGGAAACACCCAAGCACGGCUUUCCGAAAAGCUGCUGCACCCUUCAGGACAUCCCUCUGAUCAGUAAGUGUGGCUCCUUCCCUCCGGAGAGCUGUGUCUUCAGCCUCAUCGGGAAUGUGGGAGCGUUUAUGGUGGUGAUGGUGUGCAUGCUGCGCUAUGCCCAGGUGAUCGAGCGGAGCCGGCGCUCGUGGGUCAACACCAGCGGCCUCGUGGCGGGCUGCACCAACGCACUGGGGCUCGUCAUUGUGGGCAACUUCCAGGUGGAUCAUGCUAAGUCCCUGCACUAUAUCGGUGCUGGUGUAGCGUUCCCGGCUGGGCUGCUCUUCGUGUGUCUGCAGUGUGUCCUCACGUACCGCAUCGCCGUCUCGUCGCUCGAUUACUGGAUGGCGCGCUUCAGGAUGGCCCUCGCUGUCGUGGCCGUAAUCUCCAUGGUGCUCAGCGGUAUCUUCUUCAUCCACGAGCGCUUCGUCCUCCAGCACGCCGCUGCCAUCUGCGAGUGGAUCUUCACCGUCACCAUCCUGGUCUUCUACGGGACGUUCACCUACGAGUUCGGGGCCCUGAGCAGCGACAGCGUGCUGGCAGCGCUGCAGCCGCGGGGCGGGGGGGGCGCCGGGGGGGGCAAGGACUGCAAGUCCCCAGGGAGCAGCAGCACCUCCACACACCUCAACUGCUACCCCGAGAGCAUCGCCAUGCUGUAGCGCAACGCUGCCCCCAGCACAGCGCCGCGGUCAAACAUCAGCCCCUCCGGUCAUUUUUAAUUGAUUAUUAUUAUUAUUAUUAUUAUUAUUAUUAUUAUUAUUAUUAUUAUUAUUAUUAUUUGUUCAAUUCUUUUUAAAACAUUUUAAAAAAUAUAGAGAAUUUUUUUUAAUUGCUCAAAUUCUGGGGUGACCGCCAGACCACUUUUAUACCAGCACGGACGUUUUCUUUAUAAUACUGAAUUUUUUAAAAAAAAUUUAAGUGUGUUUUUUUUUAUUUUGUUUUCAGUUUUAUUUAAUUUUUUCUGUUUUGAAAUCCCGUUUGUAAUUUCAUGUUCUGUGUGAUCUUCUGUUCCGGCAUCACUGCUUGACUUUCCCAGCCAAACAAACAAACGCACGCUUCUGAAAAGACUCCUCAAUCCGCUAUCCUAACCCUGCUGGACAAGGAGAUGUCAGGCCACCGACGCUUGCCUUGCGAGACGUGACGAUCCCGAAACAGAAAACGAUACACAGAGUGAAUCUGAACGACGCUAACAGUUCAGAUCGCUGACGUUUCACACUCCAGCUUGCAGCUGGUCGCUUACUAGACUUGACCUCGUCCGUACAGCUGUGGACAGUUUUGCAUCACCUAGAAUUUUAGGAUUGAGAUCUUCUUUUAUUUAACAUCGUGUAAUCAAAAGAAGCUACAAAAUUGAUAUCGCAGAAAAAGUCUACCGGAAGCCAUAAUAGCAGUACAGUAGCAUUUCAUGUUAGAUUUCGAUGUCCGUUUUUCUAUUAAGUAUCUGGAAAACUCCAAAGCGGCGUGGAAUUCACUAUGUUAACAUUAUUCAGUAGGUUUCAUUCCUCUUAAUGAAGCCAGAUUUAGUUCAUUCGAUAAGGAGGAUGCAAAACUUUGGUCCGGAGCUGUCCACCCCAGGAUUUCUAAACUAAAAAAUUCCGGAUCUCAUCAUUAAGGAAAGAGGGAUCGCAUUAAUUUUAUUUUUUAGACAGAAUGUACUGCGCUUGAUUGACAGCAGCUCCUGUACAUCUGCUUGUGGAUCCGGGUUUCGUGGUUUCGUGGUUUCGUGGUAAGGGUAGCUGCAUGUUAACCUUUUCACAAGCCAGGUAUUUUUAUUUAUUUAUUUUUUUAAACAUAAUCACUGCCGACUAAUCUGAUAAACAGGAGCGACAUUUGGGGUGUAAAUAAUCUAGUGAUUUUCUUACACUGAGACGUCUCACCCUAAAAUAUAUCAGAACACAUUAUUAUUAUUAUUAUUAUUAUUAUUAUUAUUAUGGAGGCUGUGUGGUCCAGUGGUUAAAGAGGUCCCCGGUUCAAACCCCACCUCAGCCACUGACUCAUUGUGUGACCCUGAGCAAGUCACUUAACCUCCUUGUGCUCCGUCUUUCGGGUGAGACGUAGUUGUAAGUGACUCUGCAGCUGAUGCAUAGUUCACACACCCUAGUCUCUGUAAGUUGCCUUGGAUAAAGGCGCCUGCUAAAUAAACAAAUAAUAAUAAUAAUUUAUUUAGCAGACGCCUUUAUCCAAGGCGACUCACACAGGUGUUCCAGGGCAGUACAGGGUUACAAUGCAAGCUUCAUAUUUAAACACACUGUCGUCCUUCAUUUCAUGUAGCAGAGUCUUUUUUAUUAUUAUUUUUUUUUGCAUAUGGUUCAUUUGCAAACUGUAUAAUUGUCUCGCUUGUCAGACCAAAAAAAAGGUAUUGGAUCUGGGUUCCGGGGUGUCACCAAUGCCUUGUGUUAUCUGGGGUCCGCAGCCCGCCCGCCCUCCCUCCUGGUCCUACCACAUAAGAGCUGGGCCGUACAGAGAUGUGUGUCGGUUUUAAAUUAGACGGCUUGUUUUAUAUUAAAACGCCCACAGGUUUCGGGAUAGAGAAGUCAGUUCCGUGAAGUCGUUGAAAAAUAAAACUCCCUCUGUUGGCAGUGGAGUGUUACUGCAGGCCUUUACUUUUUUUUGUCUUUUUCUAGCGGCUCGCUGAAAAAUAAACAUAUAUUUCAAUACUCAAACAUUUCAAAUAAAUAAAUAAGAUGCACUGUAACAGUAUUAAA